UAUUAUGUUACCCAAUAACUGUAGGAGGAAAUGGCGGGAAUUAUUGCUGCUCUGGAUCAGUGGAUCUUCCGAGUUCUGAUCAUCAAAAUGGAACGCAGGAUUAGGUGAUUAAAAGGGGAAAAGAAAAUGAAUGCGAUCUCGUUGUCGUUGUUGCGCAGACGUGCGCUUUGCCUCAAGAAGUCUCCUCAUCGUUUUGGGUCUUUUACCGAAACUGGCCCCGAACAGCGGCUAGAGCCUCUUGAAGUCGAUCGGACAAUAGCUUCUAUUGAUUCCAUCAAUUCGAAUCCCUGGUUUUCCCUGUUGAAUCUCUGCCACAGUAUAAAUUUUCUCAAGAAAAUACACGGCUUGCUGCUAGUCCAUGGAUUAGCGGGUGACCUUCUCUGCCAAACAAAAUUGGUUAGUUUGUAUGGUUCCUUCGGGGAUGUCGAGUGCGCUCGCUUGGUUUUUGAUAGGAUAAGAAACCCAGAUCUAUAUUCAUGGAAGGUGAUGAUCAGAUGGUACUUCCUUAAUGAUUGUUAUUCGGAAAUAAUCCCGUUUUAUACCUGUAUGAGACAAUGUCUAAGAGAGUUGGAUAACAUUGUUUUCUCUAUUGUGUUGAAGACGUGCACUGAACUGCAUGAUAUAGACGAAGGGAGGAAACUCCACUCCCAUGUUGUAAAAGUAGGGAAUCCUGACAGUUUCGUAUUAACGGGUCUCAUAGACAUGUAUGCCAAAUGCGGAGAAGUUGAAUGUUCUCGUAGUGUGUUCGAGGAAAUUCCUGAUAGGAAUGUGGUCUCUUGGACAUCUAUGAUCAUGGGAUAUGUUCAGAAUGAUUUCUCAAUAGAAGGGUUGGUUUUAUUCAAUCAGAUGAGACGUGAACYGAUUGAAGCUAACCAAUUUACAGUGGGGGGCUUACUCACAGCAUGCAUCAAGUUAGGUGCCUUACAUCAAGGCAAAUGGGUCCAUGGGUACAUAAUUAAGCAAGGCAUAGAAUUCAAUUCAUUUGUGGUAACCACCCUCCUAGAMAUGUAUACCAAGUGUGGGGUUGUCAAGGAUGCUCGUUCUGUAUUUGAUGAACUGUCYACCAUCGAUCUUGUCUCAUGGACAGCUAUGAUUGUUGGUUAUACCCAGAGAAGCUACCCUCAUGAAGCAUUGAAACUAUUUACAGACAAGAAAWGGGAAGAUCUCUUGCCCAAUUCCAUUACCAUUGCAAGUGUUCUUUCUGCAUGUGCACAGAUGGGCAAUUCAAAUAUUGGUAGGCCAGUUCACAGUCUUGGGAUUAAACUAGGAUUACUUGAUGGUACAGUAAAGAAUGCCCUCGUGGAUAUGUAUGCAAAAUGUCAUAUGAUUGGAGGCGCACGUUCUAUAUUCCAGACAAUAUUGGACAAGGACGUGGUUGCAUGGAAUUCAAUGAUCAGCGGUUAUUCCCAAAAUGGGUCUUAUUGUGAAGCACUGUCACUUUUUCGUCAGAUGAGAGAUAUUGUCUCGCCAGAUGCCGUUACAGUGGUGAGUGUCCUGUCUGCUUGUGUGUGCUUAGGUGCUCUGCGUGUUGGUUGUUCAAUUCAUGCUUACGCAGUGAAGCAAGGCCUUCUAUUGUCCAAUGUCUAUGUUGGAACUUCCCUUGUCAAUUUUUAUGCUAAAUGUGGGGAUACAGGAUCUGCCCGCAGAGCUUUUGAUGAGAUGGCAUUGAAGAAUACAGUGACAUGGAGUGCCAUGGUGGCUGGGUAUGGCAUGCAUGGGGAUGCUAGGGAGUCCCUUUCACUUUUUAGUGAGAUGUUGAGUGAAAGUUUGGAACCCAAUGAAGUGAUCUUCACAAGCAUUUUAUCAGCUUGUAGCCACACGGGGAUGGUUGGAGAAGGGUGGAGGUACUUCGAUUCCAUGUGUCAGGAGUAUAAUUUCACUCCUUCCAUGAAGCAUUAUGCUUGUAUGGUUGAUCUACUAUCUCGUGCUGGGAAGUUGGAAGAAGCCUUGGCAUUUAUAGAGAGGAUGCCGGUUCAACCAGAUGUAAGUGUCUUUGGAGCCUUGCUCCAUGGAUGUAGACUCCAUUCAAGGUUGGAUAUUGGAGAGGUGGCAAUUAGGAGGAUGUUAGAGCUACAGCCUAAUGGUGCAGGGUACUAUGUACUCAUAUCUAAUUUGUAUGCGUCAGAUGGAAGAUGGGAAAAAGCCAAUGAAUUGAGGGAGUUGAUGAAAGAACGUGGCUUGAGCAAGUCCCCUGGGUGUAGCCUAGUGGAGGUGGACUACAGCAACAAGUUCACUGACUUGAGGGUGGCAUCUUUCGUUUAACUGCAUCAAUGGUUGUGUAUGUUUUUUCUAGCCAAAGAGAGUCUUUAUCACAAAGUUGGGAGGAAACAAGAAUGGUAACAUGCUAUGCAUGAGUACUCACCCUGAGCAUGCUCAAAGAUAUUCAGGAGGAUGAUCUUCCAAAUAUUGGAUCUCAGUUUGGUCGGAGACAUGCUUUAGAGUUCAGAUCAAGCACAUACUCUAUAAUAUCAUGCUGAGGAAUCAAUACAGUCUAUUUAUGGGUGCAGCAUGAAAAUCGGAAUGUAUAUUUGGAAAUCGUCAAUUUACAUGCCUUCUAAACAUUACAGAGAAGAACAAUUUCGAAUUCUUCCAAUGAGCAGGGCCAUUUCCACCUGAAACACGCAUGGAGAAAUUAAAUACAGCUGUUUAAGGGUGUACCUCCAUCUGCAACUACCAUGCACAUGAGCUCAUUCAUAGUCACAGGGUAGAAAGCAUCACCACUUAGCUUCUUUUCAAUCCUCAUAUUACAAUUUUGAUGAAUUUCUUUUCCUUUCCCGUUACAUUACCAUUGUUUCUUAUUUUCCUUUUCUUCUUAGGAUGUUGUUUGGGGAUGAGAUGAGUUCGCAAGAACCACUGCUUUGACUGUCCCGAGGAUGUAUAUUACUGUAUAUUCAAAAAUGAGCAUGAUAAUGUGUGUUCUGUUACAACUUACAAGAUUAACAAUGACAUACUGGCAUGUAAA